UUUCGGCAUCCUUUGUUAACCUCCAUGAAUGAAUGCUUAUAUCCCCUUUUUAUUCUAUAUUUAUUAUGUCGCUAUAAUUAUAAUUCCGUAUCGUAUUAUAUUAAAAAUUAUCCGCAAACUGUAUAUGUAGAUGUAGUCUGCACAAUAUAAAAAAAGCACCAGAUUCGGAAAAAUUAUUUGUGCAACCAACACUAAUGCUGCGGAUCUGGUGAUGCAGGAGAAGAUAAUUGCGUUUUUCCUGAUAUAAGCUUAAUUUUCAAACACACCACAUUUCUCAUUGUUGUAAAAGGUUUUAAAAUGGGUUUAAAAAUCAUAACUUUUCGUGGUAUUCGUUAUAUUUAAUAAUUUAUUGAUUACAAGUAAUUUAGUAUAUGAUAAGUGUUAAAUCUAAUAUAUAAUUAUGAUUGCUUCUAUCUUAUUACCUAGUGAUAGUGAAAGUCGUACGACAGAUCCACUGCCAGUAGUUUGGCCUCCCCCUGCACUUCCUGUAACUACAGCUUAUGCUUUUAAUAAAAUCUUCGAUAUACCGUGCAAGUAUGUGAUUUCCAAUCGUAAGUUGGGUGAUGGAACUUUUUCGUCAGUUCAUGAAUGUAAGAGUACGGUAACUGGUAAGCAUUAUGCGGCAAAAUUAUAUAACAAACGUACAGUAUGGGGAUAUGAAUCGAUGCUACAAAAUGAGUUCGAUACUUUAAAGAAGGUUUCACAUGGACACCCUAAUGUCCUUAGUUUGGUUGAUUACUUUGAAACUCCUGAAAGCUUGUACUUGAUAACAGAUUUAGCCAGAGGUGGCGAAUUAUUCGAUCGUAUUGCCGAAAGAUCACAUUUAGAAGAAGAUGAAGUUAAGGCAAUAACUUAUACUUUGGUGUCAGCCGUCGUAUAUUUACAUUCAAAGAAUAUUGUUCAUCGAGAUAUCAAGGCUGAAAAUAUCCUUAUACAACCCAACCGUGAGCUCACAUUAUCAAUAUCAUCUAAAUUAUUGCUUGUUGAUUUCGGUUUCGCUCGGAAAGUAGAGCCUCCUACUUCUAAGAUCCAUGAGUUGGCAGGAACUUUAAGUUAUAUGGCUCCUGAAUAUUUUGAUAAGUAUAAAGGUCAUAGCCUUCCAGUUGAUGUUUGGGCUAUUGGAGUUCUAGUAUAUUUUAUGUGUUGCGGUUAUAUGCCAUUUGACUGCGAGACUGAUGAUGAAACAAAGGAAGCUAUACAGAAAGGUGAUUAUAGUUAUGAACCUGCCAGUUAUUGGAGUCAUAUAUCUCAGAGUACUAAAGAUUUUAUAGACAGUUGUUUCGUGGUCGAUCCAGAUAAUCGUCCAACAGCAGCUCAAUUAUUGGAGUCGCCAUUCUUGAAGUCAGCUAUGCCUCGUAGCAAGGUUUCUACCAGUGCAACAUUAGACGGUGUGAGUAGGAAAUUAAACUCUCAUAUUCAGCGGAUUGGAACUCAACCAACCUCACAAACACAACUUCUACAAAUCCCCAGUAGAUAUCCUAGUGGGAUGAGAGUAAGUACCAGUACUAAGGGAAGCUUGUCUCAUUCAUCAUCUGUAUUAUCACAUACUAAGACAAUGACUAGUGCCCUGUCUAAAUCUAUAUCGUCUAUUGUAUCAUUAUCUUUUUCAGAGGUAGAAUCAGCACUUGAAGGUGCACGCUGUCUCUCUCCUGAUUCAGUUUCUCGAUUCAGUACACCAGUACUGUCGGCACCAGGAUCUAGAAACGGUUCUGUUGAAAACUUUAUGAUGUUUCUUAAUCAAACAGAAAACAACCAAUUUGAACAUGUUGAAAAUAUAGCACCUCAUGACGAUGCACCGACAUUCUAUUUAUAAAAUAAUUUAUAGACGUUAUUGAUUUACUGCUGUAAAAAUGUAGAUUGCUGCAAACUCUAAAAUAUUUUAGCGAUUGAUGCCACACUGAAAGGGUGCGGAUUACGAUCAGACACCGACACCGACACCGAACGCUAAUGACACAAAAUUUGAUAAGAAAAAGAAAAAAAAUAAAAAUAAAAAUAAAAAUAAAAAUAACAGACAAAAAGUAUUCGAAGGAAU